AUGAUAACUCAAUAUAUUUUUCUAGUGUCAGAUAUAAAAAGUAUUAAAAAAGGGGCUUUAAUAGCACAAGCUUGUCAUUCUGCAAUAAAAGCAAUAAAAUUAUUUAGAUCUAAUAGCGAUACACAGCUUUAUUUAAAAUCUCUUGAUACAAUGACGACUGUUAUUUUAAAAAUUAAAAAAGAAGAUAUUUUAGAAAUUAAAGAGACUCUAAGUUCUUUAGAUAUUGUUGAAUGGAUAGAACAACCAGAAAAUAUUAUUACUUGUCUAGCACUUAGGCCAUACAACCUUGUUGAUUUACAAGAUUACUUAUCCUUCAUAAAAAAGUUCAGUCUUUUUUAA